CAAUUCGAAAUCUUCCGGCCUCUGGAGAGCGCAGCUCACGCCGGCCAUCAAAUAGCCCUGUUCCACUUGGCUGAAUGCUAUCGCAACGGAGUUGGAGUCGAUCGAAACUAUACCAAAGCUUCCCAGUUGUAUCGUAGUCUUGCAGAACGCGGAAUACCUCAGGCUCAAGUCGCCCUCGGAAGUUGCUACGAGAGCGGCGAAGGUGUCGAACAAGACUACGACUCAGCUAUCGAGUGGUACUCAACGGCUGCUGACCAAGGAUAUGACAACAUUCGCCUCCACAUUGCAUUCCUUCGUGGCUGUCUCUCACCUGUCGCCCACAAGUUCUUCGAAUUGUGCCAGCUGGGAUUGGAACAUGACUGGCUCUGCAGUCAUCUUAUGGCUGUAUGUCUGCUCCAUGGAUUCGGCACCACUCGGGAUCGGAUAGAGGCAGUUAGCAUCAUUGAGCAGCUCGCCAACAAAGGUCACAGCGACAGCCAGUACUGUAUCGGUAGAUGUUACUGGGAAGGCGCGGGGGUGUCGAGGGACUUCAAGAAGGCCUUCGAGUGGUACAGCAAGUCGGCCAACCGAGGCAAUUCGUAUGGGCAGUGGGAGAUAGGCAAGUGCUACUACUGGGGACACGGAGUCACCAAGAACCACAAAAAGGCAGUUGAGUGGUAUCGCAAGUCUGCCAAGCAUGGCAAUCGAUACGGACAAUACUACCUCGGCAUCCGAUACCUUUACGGCGAAGGUGUCCCCAGGAACAUCGACACCGCCGUUUUCUGGUUCCGCAAGUCUGCCGAUCAGGGCCUCGAUUGGGCCAUAAACAGACUCAGCGAACUCGACAUGUGGCCCUGA